UUGCCCAGCCACCUUUUUUUUUUUAAAUUAUUCUUUUGUUCUUAUUUGUUUUCAUUUCCAUUUUGACUUUCAGGUUCCAGUUAGAGUACUCUAAAAUUGAUAUUCAAGAUAUGGUUUUCAUUCCACUGUAUCAGCACAUAAGUUUUCUUUUUUGAAUGCCUAUUUGAUACCACAAUGCAGCAAGCAUUAGAACUAGCUUUGGAUCGUGCAGAGUAUGUUAUUGAAAGUGCCCGACAGAGACCCCCUAAAAGGAAAUACCUGUCUAGUGGAAGAAAAUCUGUAUUUCAAAAACUUUAUGACUUAUAUAUUGAAGAAUGUGAGAAAGAACCUGAGGUUAAGCAGAAAUUACGAAGAAAUGUGAACUUGCUAGAGAAGCUUGUUAUGCAGGAGACAUUGUCUUGUUUAGUGGUCAACUUAUACCCAGGAAAUGAGGGAUAUUCUCUAAUGCUCAGGGGAAAAAAUGGAUCAGAUUCUGAGACCAUUCGACUGCCUUAUGAAGAAGGGGAAUUGCUUGAAUAUUUGGAUGCAGAAGAAUUGCCUCCUAUUUUGGUUGAUCUUCUAGAAAAGUCUCAGGUUAAUAUUUUUCAUUGUGGAUGUGUCAUAGCGGAAAUACGUGAUUAUAGACAGUCUAGUAAUAUGAAAUCUCCUGGUUACCAAAGUAGACACAUUCUUUUACGUCCAACAAUGCAGACUUUAAUUUGUGAUGUGCAUUCAAUAACAAGUGAUAAUCAUAAAUGGACACAGGAAGAUAAACUUUUGCUUGAGAGCCAACUGAUCCUAGCCACAGCUGAACCGUUGUGUCUUGAUCCUUCUAUCUCAGUAGCCUGCACCACAAACAGACUACUCUAUAACAAGCAAAAGAUGAACACACGUCCUAUGAAAAGGUGUUUUAAGAGGUAUUCCAGGUCCUCUCUGAAUCGGCAGCAGGAUCUCUCACAUUGUCCACCACCUCCUCAACUGAAAUUAUUUGAUUUCUUACAAAAAAGAAAGGAAAGAAAGGCAGGUCAGCAUUAUGACCUCAAAAUUUCUAAGGCAGGAAACUGUGUAGAUAUGUGGAAACAGAGUCCCUGUAAUUUGGCUGUUCCUUCUGAAGUGGAUGUGGAGAAAUAUGCUAAGGUGGAAAAAUCUAUUAAAUCUGAUGACUCACAGCCAACAGUUUGGCCUGCCCAUGAUGUAAAAGAUGAUUAUGUGUUCGAAUGUGAAGCUGGCAAUCAGUAUCAGAAAACAAAGCUAACCAUUUUGCAGUCACUUGGGGAUCCACUUUACUACGGUAAAAUACAGCCUUGUAAGGAAGAUGAAGAAAGUGACAGCCAAAUGUCUCCAUCCCACUCCUCCACUGAUGACCAUUCAAAUUGGUUCAUAAUUGGAUCAAAGACUGAUGCUGAAAGGGUAGUUAACCAGUACCAAGAGUUGGUUCAGAAUGAGGCAAAGUGUCCAGUCAAAAUGUCACACAGUUCUAGUGGCUCUACCAGCCUUAGUCAACUUUCUCCAGGGAAAGAAACAGAACAGCCUGAGACUGUGUCAGUUCAGUCUUCAGUAUUGGGAAAGGGAGUGAAACAUCGACCUCCACCAAUCAAACUUCCUUCAAGCUCAGGAAAUAGUUCAACAGGUAACUAUUUUACACCACAACAGGUCAGCAGCUUUCUUAAAUCUCCAACUCCUCCUCCUGCUUCUAAGCCACCAAGUCUUUCUCGGAAGUCAUCUGUGGAUCUCAAUCAAGUUAGUAUGCUCUCUCCAGCUGCCUUAUCACCUGCCAGUUCAUCACAAAGAACCACGGCCACCCAGGUCAUGGCAAACUCUGCUGGACUUAACUUCAUCAAUGUAGUGGGCUCUGUUUGUGGAGCUCAGGCUUUGAUGAGUGGUUCAAAUCCUAUGUUGGGCUGUAAUACUGGUGCCAUAACUCCUGCAGGAAUAAACCUGAGUGGCCUUCUACCCUCAGGAGGUCUUCUACCAAAUCCAUUGCCCAAUGCAAUGCAAGCAGCUUCUCAAACAGGUGUUCCAUUUGGUUUAAAAAAUACUUCAAGUCUCAGGCCUUUAAAUCUACUGCAGCUUCCAGGUGGCUCACUGAUUUUUAACACACUGCAACAACAGCAACAGCAGCUCGCUCAGUUUACACCUCAACAACCUCAGCAACCCACAACUUCUAGUCCUCAACAGCCAGUGGAACAGGGAUCUGAACAAGGUUCGAGUCAAGAACAGGCCUUAUCUGCUCAGCAUGCUGCUGUUAUUAAUCUUGCUGGAGUAGGAAACUUCAUGCAGUCACAGGCAGCUGUGUUGUCUCAGCUUGGCUCUGCCGAGAACAGACCUGAGCAAAGCCUUCCUCAGCAGAGAUUCCAGCUCUCCUCUGCCUUUCAACAGCAGCAGCAACAGAUACAACAGUUGCGAUUCUUGCAGCAUCAAAUGGCUAUGGCAGCAGCAGCAGCACAAACAGCUCAGCUACAUCGUCACCGGCAUACAGGCAGCCAGUCAAAAAGUAAAAUGAAGAGAAGCACACCAACCACUCCAAAAUUCUGAGUCUUGUAUUUUUUUUUCUUUUCUAGAUGCUUUAGUGCGUCAGAUCAAAGAGAUUCUGAGUUCCUAUUUUGUUUUUGUAACGUGUCAGUAUUUUACAUUGCUAGAUGUACAAACUUUAUAAAGAAGCACAACCCUAUGGUUUUUGAAACAGGGAGAAUGUUUAGCAAGCAUUAGGGUUGGUUUGUCUAAGUCAAUGCUUUAUAAAAAUGGCUUCACUGUACAAAUACAUAUGGAAGUGAAAUACUAGAAACAUCUUUCAAAAGAUUGUAGUUUGAUAUUUAUUUAGUAUAAAAAGUUGUUCACUGUAACAAAUACAAUUUUUACAAAUCUG